CCUCCAUGCGUCUCUAUGGUCUAGCGGAGCCGGCCGGAGCGCCGCCCCCAAGCGGGAGCGGAAGUGACGCAGGCGCCGCGCGUCGCGGAGCGGAGGGGUCGCGCAGAGGCGGGAGUGACGGCGGCGGGGCAGUGAUUGUGUGUCGGAAAUAUGGCUACGGACUGGCUCGGGAGCAUUGUGUCAAUUAAUUGUGGAGAAAGCUUGGGAGUUUACCAAGGGCGAGUGUCUGCUGUGGAUCAGGUCAGCCAGACCAUUUCCCUGACACGGCCCUUCCAUAACGGGGUCAAGUGCCUCGUGCCAGAAGUCACCUUCAGGGCGGGUGACAUUACUGAGCUGAAAAUUCUGGAGAUCCCAGGGCCAGGGGACAGCAGACAAUGUGGAGAUCUGCAGCAGACGGAAACGGGCAUUCCUGGUGUCGGAUGCCAAGUGGGUCCCAGUCAGAAUGGCACUGGGAAAAUGUUGAAGAAGCCCAUCUCCAGCAGUGCCCCGCAGAACAUCCCAAGGAGAACGGAUGUGAAGAAUCAGGAUAUUAUCAUCUCUCCACAGCAGCAGUGCUCCAAGAGCUACAUGGAUCGACAUAUGGAAUCACUGACUCAGUCCAAAGGCUUCCGUCGUAGACACAAUUCCUGGUCAUCCAGCAGCCGUCACCCAAACCAAGUGACUCCCAAGAAGAGUGGCCUGAAAAACGGGCAGAUGAAGAGUAAAGAUGAUGAGUGCUUUGGGGAUGACAUUGAUGAAAUCCCAGACACGGAUUUCGAUUUUGAAGGGAACCUGGCCCUUUUUGACAAGGCAGCUGUGUUUGAGGAGAUUGAAACGUAUGAGAGGAGGAGCGGCACUCGUUCCCGGGGCACCCCAAAUGAGAAACCAGCUCGCUAUCGGCAUGAUGAGAACAUCUUGGAGUCGGAGCCCAUCGUCUACAGAAGGAUUGUCGUACCCCAGAACGCUAACAAAGAGUUCUGCACGGACUCUGGGUUGGUGGUUCCAAGCGUGUCGUAUGAACUUCACAAAAAGCUGCUCUCGGUUGCGGAGAAGCACGGGCUGACUCUGGAGCGGAGGCUGGAGAUGACGGGAGUGUGCGCGAGUCAGAUGGCCCUCAGCCUCCUUGGGGGACCCAACAGGCUGAACCCGAAGAACGUGCAUCAGCGGCCCACAGUAGCCCUGCUGUGCGGCCCCCACGUGAAGGGGGCCCAGGGGAUCAGCUGUGGACGGCACCUCUCCAACCACGACGUCCAUGUCAUUCUUUUCCUCCCCAACUUUGUCAAGAUGCUGGAAUCUAUCACCAACGAGCUGAAUCUUUUCAGCAAGACGCAAGGCCAGCAGGUGUCCAGUGUCAAAGAUCUCCCAGACACUCCUGUCGACCUAGUGAUCAACUGUCUGGAUUGUCAUGAAAAUGCCUUUUUGAGAGAUCAGCCUUGGUACAAAGCAGUCGUGGACUGGGCCAACCAGAACCGGGCCCCCGUCCUCAGCAUAGACCCUCCGAUAAGCGAGAUGGAGCUGGGCAUCGACGCCAAGUGGUCGCUGGCCCUGGGCCUACCUCUGCCCCUGGGCGAGCGGGCUGGGCGCGUGUACCUCUGUGACAUUGGCAUUCCCCAGAGGGUCUUUCAGGAAGUGGGAAUAAACUACCACUCACCCUUCGGCUGCAAAUUUGUCAUCCCCCUGCACUCCACUUAGAGCCCAUCCAGCCACCUGGCUCUGAAGGGAGAGAAGAGAGGAGGAGGUCUGUCAACUGUCCAGUGGAUCCUGACUGGUAAACUCGUGACGCCUUAAGGAUGUGAAGUUCUGGAGAGUUUUUCCUUCCAGAAGAAACAUUGUCUCUUUAGAAAAAAAAAAGAAAAAAAGAAAAAAAAAGAAUAACCACAAAAUGAAACAAAAAAAGAAGGAAGCGAAUGUUCCUGCAAAGCCGUUUUUGUUCUCCUGUGCCAUUGUAUGAAGGAACGCGCAGGAAGAUGCUGGCUGUUCCAGCCCCAGCCGGGAGGCUGUUGAUUAAAGGGGAGCACACGGAGGUGGUACACCAGAUGGGUUGGAGAUGAGGGAUGUGUUUCUGUCCUCCUGGCUCCAGUAAGGGUGCCCUGGUAGGAACAGCCCCCAUUGGCUGUCUAGAAAUACCUUCUGUUGCGGUUGCACUGGGAGAGAGGAUUUGAGUUUGUUCCGAUGUUCUUUUUGACUCCCCUUCCCGCCCCAUUCUCUGUUCCUGAAGGCAGCUGUAGUUCGCUCUCCCUCCUGGACCUUCAGCCCCUCAAGUAGAGCAUUCCCUCUUCGGAAAGCUCUUGUCAAGAGCCAGAAGCUCUCAGGUUUCGCACGCUCUCUGCUGUUUCUCUGGAGGAACCGGGAGGAUGCAACGCAGAGGCCCUGUCCUGGCAGACAGCUCUCUGCUCGCUCCGAUGCUGUGAGCGUGGGCAGUUCUUGAAGCUCUGCUGCUCCUCCCCGUCCCCAGAGCUCCUGCAGGUACCUGGACCUCGCACAGACCCUGUGCGACACCACUGUUCUCAGCUCAGCCUUGCU